CGCCUCUAUCAUUACGCCUGCAGUAAGGACAGAGAGAGGAAGCUGAAAUCUUACAAGCGCUGCACUCGAGUAUGGAUGUGUUGCUGAUAGAUGUUCUCUUCACGCCUAAAUACGAAUAAUUAUUUGAAGAGUUACCUGCAUACCACGCUCUCUUUUUGAGGGAGGACUUGCUUUUUCCUUAUGCUUUUUGUGAAUGCAUUUUUCUCUACACGGUGUUUUUUUUAUUGUGUCGAAUCAGGAAGCAUGCAUGGAGCGCGCGCUAAAAGUAAAUUGAGUCUGAUGGUAUGGAUCGUUGUUACGCUGAGUUGCGUGUUUAUAUUCUGUGAAUAUGUAGUCUACUUCCCUGUUAUUCUCCGAUGCUCGUGGCCAGAGAUGGUGGAAGAACGGAACCCCCUUCGCGCACUCUUCUUAUCUGAUCCUCAUUUGCUUGGUGCCGUCAGGGGACACUGGUUCGACAAGCUGAGGAGCAAUUUGUGCUACAGAGGCUUUUCUGAAAGAACAUACUAGCCUGGGCUAGCAUUCACUCCCCACAUAUAUCAGUAAGUCUUGGGCAUAUGGUUGUUCCUCAAUGGACCACAUUUGGAAGGGAGUGGCAGAUGGAGAGAUCUUUUCAGACAGCACUGUUUCUGUACAAGCCAGAGAUGGUCUUUAUUCUGGGAGAUAUUUUUGAUGAAGGCAAAUGGAGCUCCACUAAGGACUGGGAAGAUGAUGUAAGGCGCUUCAAACAAAUCUUCCGCCACCCCAGAAACACUGAAGUUGUGGUUCUUGUUGGCAACCAUGACAUCGGAUUUCAUCACGAAAUGACCGCCUAUAAACUUAAACGUUUUGAGAAUGUUUUCAACAUGACAUCAGCACAGAUCCUUACCAAGAAAGGAGUAAAUUUCUUAUUGGUGAACAGUGUGGCACUACAUGGAGAUCACUGUCCCAUCUGUCAGAGUGUGGAGGACAAACUAUACAGUUUUGCUCAGCAACUUAACUGUUCCACACAGCAGUCUGAUGGUAUAAGACUUUGCAGAGACAUGCAGAUGAAUGAUUCAACACCUCCAAUCAUACUUCAGCACUAUCCUCUAUACCGUGCCAGUGAUGCCGAGUGCACUGGUGAAGAUGCAGCACCAUUCAGUGAACGCUACCAGUCCUUUCAGGAGCGCUAUGAUGUGCUCUCUCAGAAUGCUUCAAAGAAGCUACUGAGUUGGUUCCAGCCCCGCCUUAUUCUGAGUGGCCACACCCACAGCAGCUGUGAGGUUUUUCAUGAGAAUCGAUUCCUGGAGAUCAGUGUCCCAUCUUUCAGCUGGAGAAACCGGAACAACCCAAGCUUCAUCCUGGGCACCUUUUCCCCAACUGAUUUUGCACUCUCCAAAUGUUUCCUGCCAGAGGAGAGCAGUAUCAUAGCAGUAUACUGCAGCAGUGCAGUUGUGAUUGUCCUUAUUACACUUGGACAUCUACACCUCUUCCAAGGAACACUGCACAUAUCAAACAACCUUUUGGGCAAGAAAAAGUCUUUGUGAAACACACCCCAUUUGAAUACAUAGUAAGACUGUUAGAAUUAUAUCUAAUUUACAAACAGUGAUGUCCAUGCUAUCUGAAGUCUGAGCACUGAUGUACCAAGUUUAGACACUGCUAAUGUGUUAAAUUAAAUUACUUUUAGAAUAUUAUAUUAUUUUAUUUAUGCAUUUUAUUAUGAUUAUUAUGUGAAAUUAUUAUACAUAUCCAAUUAAGAUAAUACAAUAUUGUAUAGAUGCAUUCUACAUUACUAAUUUUAUUUACCCACAUUUACAUUUGCUUUCUUUUAAAUGAAAAUUAUAUUCUUCGACUAAAGUAUUAUGUAGAACCAAGAGAAUAAAAUAAAAUAAAUGUAUAUCCACUUAAUGGGUGUUGUUUUUCUACUGGUUGAAUAAUAAACACCAACACUUUUAAAGGUAUUUUAUUUGCAAAAUUACAUUUCCUCUGACAUCUCCAUUCUAAACAAACAUGAUGGAUGUUUAUUAUGCCUCUUUAUUAAAAUAAAAAUUAAGAAACAAACAAAAAAACUGAUAAAUCUGACGUCUUAAGUUUUGGAUUUUCAUCUCAGUCAAUCACUCAAUAGUUCAUGGAACAUUGAGAAUCUUAAGAGGAACGAGAUUUAGCCUAUCUAUUAAUCUUUAGUUUUGUCAUACAACUUUUGAUCCUCCAUGUGAUUAUGUAAUUAUUGGGUAAAUAUGAGAGAACCACAAAACAAUAUAUAGCUGGUAUUUUUAUUUUUAAUCAGUAGAAUUUUCUUUUCUAGAAAAUGUGAUGAACAAAGACUACAGCCAAAUAUAAAAAGUCAACAUGUAGGCUAGGGUGGUCAGUGUUUUUUUUUUUUUUUUCCCUUAAGUGAAAUUUUCUUAUCUAAUUUUCUGAGGCUUGAUGGUAUUUGAGGAACCAGGCAGUGGCUCUCUGAUGUGUCUGGUCUUUGAAAUUACAACCUGCUAAUCAUAAGUACCCACUCUAUUAUAAUAAGGUUAAAUCACUUUGUCAUACCUUUUGUGUUUUUAUGCUUGAACCCUAUCAGAGGAUUUUAAGAAUCCUAUUAGGUCUCUGAAAACUCUAAGCUACCCAAUUAACUAUUAAAGGGUCUUUUAUUUAUAUAAAGGUCCCAGUUAAGCUGCCUCUGACAAAUUAUUUAAAAAGGUGAGUAGUAAAUGCAUUUUAAACUACAAAGAAUUGGGUUUGAUGACAAAGAAGUAUGCAUAAUGUUUAGGUAGAUAAAUGUGUAGUUAACUAUUUUACAAGUAGGUAAUAAGGACAUUGCCCCACAAAUAAAAUAAUCAAAUUUUGACCUCUUUGUAUUUCUUCACAUUUUACUGUGCAAUCAUGCUGGAUAAGGCCCUGCGAUACUCCAGGUGCUGUGAGGAUGGCCAAUCAGUGUCUUACUGAAGGUUAACAGACCAUGAAACCUACAGUACACCCUAUCUAUAUCCAUGGCUAUGCAUAAAACCUCACUAAACAUUCAUAAAUAUGUAUACGCAUAGGCACACACAUCUCUAUGUAGAAUUAUACAUAUAGGUUUAUACAAUAUAAUUUCUGUUAUAGCCUUAUAAAUGUAUAUGUACACAUAUAUAAAUAUAAAAAUGCUGAUGUACAACUUAGGUUAAACACAACAUGGGGGAUGUGGGUAUACACAUGCAUGCAGGCACACACAUGCAUACACACAUUUACAGCUGUAAGCCUGUGUUCUCACCUCACACACAUUUCAUGUCUACAAAUAUGCAUCCUACUAUUUCAGUAGGCUCCAAAUAUGUUUUCCAAUCAAUUUUAAAUCUGUCAAGGAUUCUUGAUAGGGAAAAGGAAACUCAGUGAAAGAAAACACAUUUUAGAUUUUCAACUUUGAAAUCUCUAAUUUUUGCAUAAUGUAUAAAGUUUUUUUGUCUAAUUUCCAUUUUGUACUAAACACCGUAUGAUUCCAUUUUCUUCAAAAAAUUAGAGAGAAAUGCAUUUCCACAAAUAGAGACAGCGAGCGAGCAAGGGAGCUAGAAAGAAAGAGCGAUAUUCCCCAUCAGUAGGCUGUGCUGCAGGUAAUAUUUGACAUCAAGCUGUACAGCGCCAUCAGAACUGUAUUUAUAUCUAAAUCCUCAUUUACAGGUACAGCUGUAAUCAAA